AUGCCAGGACGACACGUCCCGUUCUUCCUUCCAGAUAGCUGCGGUUACACCUCGGGCUCUGAGAGCGAGGUGGGAGAUGAGAGCGAAGGGGAAGCCAACCAGCAGCGAAGGAUGAGGACCAAGUUCACCUCCGAGCAGAUCAGCAGGCUGGAGAAUACCUUCAGCAAACACAAAUACCUGGGUGCCAUGCAGAGGAGGAAGAUAGCUGAGAAGCUGAACCUUUCCGAAACACAGGUGAAAACGUGGUUCCAAAACAGGAGAAUGAAGCUGAAGCGGGAGGUCCAGGAUCUGCGCCCUGAGUUUCUGUCAGUCCCGGCCGCUCUGCUGCCGCCCUUGUUGUUUCAGCACCCCGCCCUGAGUGGACAGCUCCCCGCCAGCAGAGGCUUCUUCCCGCAGCUGCAGCAGCUCCACACGACGGCCCUGCGCGCUGCCGUGCACCCGCAGCGCUCCCAGCCCGUCAUCAUGCCUCCACACUUCUACUGAACCCUGCCUGCCCUUUAUCGCCUCAAAAAUGUUCCGUCUAGAAUCUAGAUGUUUUCCCAUUGCUCCCUCUAAAAGAGGAAUUUAAAAGUUGUUAAAAUGCCUAAAGCACUGCUAUGUAUAUUGAUGUAACUAUGGUUAAAAUAACGUAAAUGUAUUUGCUGCAGAUUUUUUUAUGU